AUGUCCUCCAAAAAGCUCAUCCUAGUCAUCGGCGCGACCGGUGCUCAAGGCAUCGCUGUCAUCGACGCCCUCCUCGCGCCGGCCACAGACGGCUCCCCCUCUCCGUACGCGGUGCGUGCACUCUCGCGAGACCCCAACAGCCGUCGCGCGAGGGAACUGGCGAAGAAGGGCGUUGAGUUCGCUCAGGGCUCCUUCGACGAUUUCCCAAAGGUGUUCGCCGCGCUCGAGGGGGUAUGGGGCGUCUGGAACAACACGGAUGGCUUCACCGUUGGAGAGACUAAAGAGAUCUUUGCUGGGAUCCGCAUCUUCGAACUUGCGAAGCAGAUCAGGACGGUUCGCCACUACAUCUGGAGCAACUUGGACUACAGUUUCAAGAAAGGGGGAUACAAACCAGCCUACAAGUGCGAGCACUACGACGGCAAGGGCCGCGUAGCCGAGUGGAUGAAGGCGCAGCCGUCCAUUGUAAGCGACAACGACAUGUCUUGGAGCGUCGUGACUUCCGGCCCUUACAUGGAGAUGCUGACGAUCCCCAUGUUUGGCCCGCUCGGCCAGCGCCCAGAUGGCACCUUCGUGUUCGCGUCGCCGGUCGGUGACGGUCACGUUCCCAUGAUCGCCCUCGAGGACCUCGGGUUCUUCGCGCGGUACUCCUUCGACCACCGCGCGGAGGUAUCAGCCCAAGACCUCGAGAUCGCGACCGACUGGGUCAACUGGGACUACCUCGUUGAGACGUUCACGAAGGUCACGGGCUACAAGGCCGAGUACCUGCGCCAGUCGCUCGACAGUGAGGGCUGGUUCGGGAACUUGCUCCGCACGGACAAGCCUGUCGCCAACGAGCAGAAGCCUGGCGAUGGGACGACGACCUGGCAGCAGAACUUCACGAGUUUCUGGUCCAUGUGGCGCGACGACGUCAUCACGCGCGACUGGGAGUGGCUGAAGAAGACGAACCCGAAGGGAUACACCCUCGAGAGCUGGAUGAGGGCGAAGAACUACCAAGGUCUUCCUAACCCGGCGCUGCUCAAGAACUCCGAGGAUGACAAGGCGGUCUUGCCGAACAAGGAGAGGAUCCAGAAACUCCUCGGGCACCUGUAA